AUGAAAACCCGAGAGAAAAAGAAUGGCCAUAGUUAUAUUAAGAACCUGUUCUUCCCCCCUUUACAGUGCAAUCUCAUACGACCCAAUUUUCCUUCCAAAUCACGGCAGCCAAACAUCUCAGAAGACAUCACCAUCGAAAUCCUCUCGCGUCUACCGGUCAAAUCUCUCUUGCGAUUUAAGUCCAUUUGCAAACGGUGGAAUUCUCUCAUAUCGGAUUCCAAAUUUAAAUUUUCUUGUACAAGACACCAAUUAAUCAUCAAAUCCAAUUUCUACUUAUACGCUAUUGACGAGGUGGAGGAAGAAGGAGAAGUUUCGUUGAGACAGCUUCCGAAACCAAUGGAAGACAUGUUGGGUUUGCUUCAAAUCUUAGGUUCUUGCAAUGGUUUGUUGCUUGUAAGCUAUUCCUUUUAUCUCUACUUGUGGAACCCUUCAACAAACCAAUGCAGAAAAGUGCUUAAGCUUCUGAAUUCAAGCCCCGGCGACCGAGUUAGCUCGAGAGUUUAUGAUAUCUCUGGACUCUGUUACGACUCGUUCGCUGAUGAUUAUAAAGCAGUAAUGGUUUUUGGCCAAGUUGCAUUGGUUGUUAGUUUGAAAACCAAAUAUUGGUACAGGAUUGAGUUCCCCUAUGGCGGAGAAUUGAAAUCGGGGCCUGUAGUGGAUGAAAGGUUGCAUUGGUUGGUUGCACACACUGAGAUCGUUUGUUUUGAUCCAUGGACAGAACAAUUUGUAGAAGUUCCAACGCCGCGGGCUAGAAAUAGAAUAUUGGGAUUGGGAGUUUUGAAGGAAUGCCUUUGUAUGGUGCAAUGUUUCGACUAUGAAAUUGAGGUAUUGGUCAUGAAGGAAUAUGGUGUUGGGGAAUCAUGGACUAUUUUGUUCAAUUUGUUUGAUAAUGUCGUGGGACAAACACAUGAGAUGGUGUCUUUCUGCUAUACAAAGCAUGGUGAAAUUCUUAUGGCAAUGGAUGAGAAGCAAACAUUGGUGUACAAUCCGAAAGAGGACUCACACAGAGUGAUUCAAAUCCUGAACGAUGACUAUUAUUAUGUGUCUGCAUACGAGGAAAGCCUGGUUUCGCCCUCUCACUAUGGUGAUGAAGGAGAUUGGGAAGAAGGAAGACCGGAAGAAGUCUUGGAUUUGAUUAGCGAGUUGGAGUGGGAUUGUGAUUGUGACCGCUGCUGUGGAUGGUUUAAGAGGGACAUAGAAGAUGACCACUACAUCAACUGGCGAGCUUCUCAAUGGCUCCCCUCCAGCCGCACUUAA